GACAUAAACCAUUCUUUCUUACUCUUCCUCUUAAAUGUUAAUUUUCAAACUCCAAUAUUAAAAAGUUUAAUUUCCCAACUUUGGAACAAAGUUUAUUGUAAACGUUUCACGUUUUACUCGUUUCGCAAAAACCUUUCUUCUUAAUCUUCCUUCAAAUCUUGCAACAGCUGCACGCCCUUCUUAGCUUCUCCUUCAGUACAUGGAAAAAUAGUUUCUUCUUCUUCUUCUUCUUCUUCUUCUCUCGCAAUCUCGCAUUCCAGUUUCCAAUCGCAUCUCUGCAAAAAAUACGAAACUCACAGCCAAGGCAAUGCCUUCAAUACAUGGAAAAAUAGUUUUAGGUUAUAGCAGUUUUAGCUGAUCGGCUACAAUUUUCUUCCCCUUCUCCAUUUCCGAUGGCUGAUCACAACCGAAGGUUCGGAGAUAUAAGCGCACAGAUAGGUACGUUUCGUGGCCAUCGCUGCAGCUUUCAGGACUGAUCGAUUCUGCUGUAAACAGAGAUGAGGGAGGGCAUAGAAGUAAUUUCGGAUGGAGAAGAACAAAUUAAUGGAAGAAAAAGCACCGAUACGCUACUGCUUCGUAAACAAAAGAAUCGACCGAAAGUUUCUUUCGCUUUCCAUUAGGACCGCUUUUGUCGAAAACCCUAUAGAAACUAAGAAAGAUGAAAUUUUGCUCAAACAGCCCGUGAUUGUGAGUGGAGAUAAACCUACACAUCGGUUCACCGGACCUAAUAUCACCACCAAUACAGUUGCGCCACGUUGUUAAGAUUCAACUCUUAGCCAAACUGCCGAGUGCUAAGCCAUUGAACCCAUCUUUCUUUAUCUUCCCUUGUUUAGAAGCUUCAGGUUUAGAAGGAGAGCAGGCUGAGAUGUUUGGGAGUCCUGGAAGAAUGAGCGGGCUGGUGCUCAGAUGUGCGCAAUGGCUCUUUGCUGCUGUGUCUAUUGGGUUUAUGGUCACUGCUCCUGGCUUCUUCAACUCCACUGCAUUCUGUUAUUUAAUCGCUUCGAUGGGGCUUCAAAUUCUUUGGAGCUUUGGACUAGCAUGCCUUGAUUUGCAUGCUUUGCGUAUGAAGAAAAGCCUGCGGAAUUCAGUUCUAUUGUGUCUAUUUGCCAUUGGAGAUUGGGUCGUAUCAACGCUUUCACUUGCAGCUGCAUCGUCCUCUGCUGGGGUGGCCAUUCUGUAUUCAAGGGACUUGGACUACUGCAGAUCACCUCCUUAUAUUUCUUGUAGCAAGAUCGAAAUAUCUGUGGCAUUUGCUUUUAUUUCCUGGUUCCUACUUGGUUUAUCAUCGUUAGUAACAUUUUGGCUAUUGGGUACAGUAUAAUAGAGCAUAACACGCCCCCCAUUUUCUCUGAGGCUUUCUCCUUAAACGUAAAUGAGUCUUGAAAUCUCUUCCUUUUUUUGAUAUAGUAGGUCUCCUCUUACCCUCUCUUUUGUAAAUUAAUGAUAUAUUUUCAUCAGACUCGUGCCCUUUUGUCCAUUUUUAAAUGAUAUUAGGUUUGCAUAUUUCUAUUGAAGUAUACCAUAUUUUAUGUU